AUGACAUUUAACAAAAACAAUAUUAAUACAGAAAAUGAAGCCAAGGAGGAUCUAAAUUAUUAUGGAGGACCUCUUAAGCCAGAGGAAAAAAUGAAAACUGAAACAAUGGGUUUAACUACUGAGGGAAAAGCCUUGUUAAACGCUUUAUUAGUAGAACAAAAAGGUAAUUCUGUUCCUUAUCAAGUAGUUAGCCUAAUUGGAAGUGAUACACCAGUUGAUAAAGUUAUUAGAGAUGAAAGAGAUAAAGAAAUAAAAAAAUUACAAGCAAAAUAUAAUCAAAAAUUACUGGAUGAACAAACUAAUUUAGAAACUAACGUUGAUAAACUUGUCACCAAGUUGAAAGAUGAUCUUAAAAAUGUUGGAUCAAAUAGUCGUAAAUUUAUUGAAAGUAUAAUCAAAUUUAAUGAACGUUAUGAAGAAGAAAUUAACAAACCUAGUGUUCCAGCUUCAGCCACUUCUUAUGGAUCAGUCAUCAAAACGGGUUAUAGUGGUAAUGGUAAACCUUAUACUCAUCCACUUUACUUAGGUGAUGAUUUACCGGUAUUUGAGAAUGGCGGUAAUCAAAAUUUAAUUGGCGUUAUUAAUGAUAACGUAACUCCAGGGGCUGAUAAUAGUAUUACUACAAAGAAUUAUGUUAUUGAUGGCGGAAGUGCAAAUUUACUCAGAGCCCCUUUUCCUGUCGAAAAGAAAGAAUUAACUUGGGCUAAUGGAAAAAUACCAGAUGAAAUAUUAAGUAAAGAUGUAAUUAACUAUGAAAGAGUUCGUGAAGAGCCAAUAUCUGUUUAUGAGAAAAAAUUAGUUCCUGAAGAAUCAACCCCCACUAGUCGUUAUUUACUUAGAGAUAAUUAUGAGAAAUAUAUUGGUAGUUUAAUCAGAAAUGAAAAAGAUACAAGUGGAAAACCUUUAAUUGAUGUGGAUAAACUUGGAGAGGAGUGGAAAGCAAAGGCUUUGACUUAUGACCAAUUAAAAAGUAGAAUUAGUGAAUAUAGUGAAUAUCAAGCUUUGGUAUUACAAGGAGAAGAUAUCGACAAGGCUAAAAGAUUGAGUUUAGAAGAAAAUGGUAGAAAACUUGGUGAUGAAUGGAUUAAACGAAAUGAUAUUAGUUCUAAACUAGUUAAAGUUCAACAAGAAUUAGAUAAUGCCCAAAAAUUAGCAAAAACUGCCAAAACUGGACGGAUGCAAGAAAGUUCAUAUCCCGCUGACCCUACUUUCAAUGUAACUGCCUUACGACAAAAUUUGGAUAAUGAAGAAAAGACAAGGGGAGAGACUGAAAGAAGUUAUCUCACCAAGAUUAAAAAUACUUUGAAGUUAUUUGAUGAUUUAACUGUGACUGAAAAAAAUGAAUUGGAACAAAUUACUAAUUAUCUAAAUAAAGUUCCAACUCCAACCGAAGUAAGAAUUACUCCGAGUGAUCUUAAAGCUGCUUUCGGAAUGAAAACUAAUAUUUUUAGAGAUGCUGAGGAGAUUAAGAAAAUAGCCGAUAAAGUUAAUGGUAGUGGUACAAAAAUUAAAAAGCCUGACUUUGUCAAGUACUUAAAAGAAAACUUAUCCACUAAACCAGACUUACCAAAGUUCCCAACGGACAAUGUUCCUGAUCAACAAAAAUUAGAUUGGUUCUGGUCUUUAGAUCCGGAAAUAGUGAUUGGAACGAUUGCUUCGCAGGAAUUAGUUGCGGAUAGUUCCUUAAAAGACACCACCCUUACGGAAAUGAAAGCUGCCAAAGAUGGUGACAAAGUAUUAGAUAGUUCCAAGUACAAAAAAGAUGAUAAAGGAGAAUUUACCGAGGAGGCUAUUAGUUUGUAUUACAGUGAAAAAUUGGGAGGGAUAAAUCAUAGUUUUUCAAAAACAGAAGAACCUAAGGAAAAAGAAACUUCUCAAUCUUCUUGA